UGUGUUGUUGCGGAAGUGCAGUGGAACGCGGUUUGACAGCUGCAUUCAUUUAUCAGAGCAUCAGCAUUUUAUCCAUAUAUUAACCAUUAAUAACGAUCUAUGGCAGCUCUUAAGUACGCUGGCAUGGACGAUACAGAUAGUGAAGAUGAGUUACCACCUGGGUGGGAAGAGAGAUCUACGAAAGAUGGUUGGGUCUACUAUGCAAACCACGAAGAGAUGAAGACACAGUGGGAUCAUCCCAAGACAGGAAAGAAAAAACGUUGUGCUGGAGCUCUUCCUUAUGGUUGGGAGCAGGAGAUGGAUGAAAAAGGACAGACAGUUUAUGUUGAUCACAUUAACAAGCGAACCACAUAUUUUGACCCGCGACAAGCAUUCACGGUGGAGGAUGUGGUGGUGAAGCCGAAGCGCUACGAUGGAAACACUGCUGCCUUGGAGAUUUUGCAGGGUCGCAACUUUUCUGACAAGGUUAUUCUUAUUACUGGAGGAAACUCUGGCAUUGGCUUUGAGACAGCCAGGUCUUUUGCUCUUCACGGGGCCCAUGUGAUCCUGGUGUGUCGAAAUCUGUCCCGGGCCAGCAAGGCUGUCAGCCUCAUACAGCAGGAGUGGCAUAAAGCAAGAGUAGAGGCCAUGAUGUGCAACCUGGCUUCUCUCCGCAGCGUCAGGGAGUUUGCAGAGUCUUUUAAGACCAAGAAACUGCCCUUGCACAUUCUGGUGUGUAAUGCAGCGGUGUGCACCCAGCCCUGGGCCCUGACGGAAGACGGCCUGGAGUCCACCUUUCAGAUCUGCCAUCUUGGUCACUUCCUCCUCGUGCAGUGCCUGCAGGAUGUCCUACGACGUUCAGCCCCUGCCCGGGUUGUGGUGGUUUCCUCAGAGUCCCACAGGUUCACAGACCUGUUAGACUCUUGUGGGAAGGUGGACUUGGCCUUGUUGUCUCCACCAAAGAAGGACUACUGGUCCAUGCUGGCUUAUAACCGCGCCAAGCUCUGCAACAUCCUCUUCAGCAACGAGCUCCACCGGCGCCUUUCCCCUCAUGGUGUGACCUCCAACGCACUGCAUCCUGGGAACAUGAUGUAUACUUCCAUUCACAGGAGCUGGUGGCUGAUGACCUUUCUCUUUACACUUGCUAGACCUUUCACCAAGUCUAUGCAACAAGGUGCGGCCACCACAGUGUACUGUGCAGUUGCUCCAGAGCUGGAGGGGUUAGGUGGCAUGUACUUCAACAACUGCUUCCGCUGCCAGCCAUCCAUCCAGGCCCAGGAUCAGAGCAGCGCUGCCAGCCUGUGGGAGCUGAGUGAGCGCCUGGUUGCAGAGAGGUCAGUUGGGAUACAGGCCCUCUAAUGGACAGAAGACGAGGUGAAAGGGGGGGAGAGGGCAAGCCAAACAGGAAUCAAAGAGGAAGCAGCUGAUGUUGAUUUUGGAAUGAACUGAAUAAAAGAUUCUGACUGCACUAUACAAAAGCUGCCAAGCCACAGAAGUCCAUCUGGAUAUUUAACAUCACUACAGGACUAAAACACACUACAUAUACAGCACAGGAGGGGGUUUUAUUUACAAUCUAUUGUAUAAGAGAAAGUUUUAGUUGGGUUCAGCUCUGCUGUGGUAGUUUACAGUGGAAAAUAGGGGAAGGAGGAAGAUUUGUUCUUUUUUUCUGUAGCCUUUCUAACUUCUAAUCUUACAAAAAUAGAAAAAAACACACCUGUUUUAAUGACAAUACUGAAUUACUUGUAAGCAUACACUAUAGCAUAUGCAUCAGAUUCCAGUAAAAGUGAUAUUGUUUAGCUCCAUGAAGACUUUCCUAUUGAAAUAUAGAGCAGGGUUAAUUAUCAUUGUACUAAACCAUUUUGAGAUAACAAAAGAAAAAAAUCAAACAAAAAAAAAAAAAGAAAUGGUCAUGUGAUUCAUGGAUAUAGAGGUAUGAUUCUUAUGGCUAUGUACAUUAUUCUACAAUAAUUUUAUUUCUUAUUCAUGUCCCUGUUUGUCAUCUGUACAAUAUUUACAACCUCCUGAUUUUUAAGGGUGUGCUAAAGGGGUGUGGACAUCAUCAUUUUUCUGUUUGCUCUUUUACUCAAACUAAAAUAUUGAAUAAUCUGCACUCUGGUAAGACUUAAUUACAAUUUGGAGAUAUUUAUGGGAUGAUUUUAAUAGAGGUUGUGGCAAGUGUUAUUUACAGAGUCCAGGAUCUUUCAUGUAUGUGUUUUUUCCCUCGUCGUACAACCCGAAUGGGUGAUUCCAGUCUCUGAUUUUCAUUUUUCUUCUUUUAAAAUCUGUGUUAGUCUUCAACUCUGGGUCUGGGUUUCCUGUGGAUUGUUUGUCCUGAAGCUGUUGGAAGGGUGGGGCGCUUUUGAGACAUUGUGCUUUAUGGCAGUCCGGGUGCCGUAGGUUGUUGAAGAAACAGCGUUCCAGUGUGAUGAUAUCUGUAAGAAAAAUAAAAGGAAGAAGACUGAGAAAAUUCAAUAAAAACUGUGUUUCAUA